AUGUUGAAGUUUCUGACAACAGUUAGGCAACAAAUUUGUGAUGUGUAUGUUGUAGGUGGGAAGGGUGGGCUUGAGAACAUUGAUGAAGAUAAAUCAAUGGGUGGGGGAGACAAUGUGGGUGAGGAAGCUGCCAUGAAUAGAGUGGAAGUGUUUGAGUCAGUGAAAAUGAGCAAGGUUGAGACUGUGAAUAAGAGCAUGUCUACCAGAAGGAGUAGAAAAGAAACAACUACAAGGGCUGGCAAGUUAAAGUCUAUUUCUACCGAAGAUGUUGUGGAGAAGAAUGCUGAAAGUAGUGUUAAGAAAAGUUUGUUCCAGUCUUCCAAGAAGUCAGUGGUUGAAAAUAUGGGUGAUUCAGUGGGGAAUAGGAAGGCAGCAGCUAAGGAGGUGGGAAAGAGUGUGGGUGAAGGUGUGGGAGGUGAGGAUAAUGAUGCUGAGGAUUUGGGUUAUAAUGUGGGAACUAUAAGUGAAUCUGUGGGGAUGAGAGUUAGAACUGAGGAGAGUGUGAGGGAUAAGACUGAUUACAGUCUGGGAGUGGGUCUGGGAGAUGACAGUGAGGAUGAUGGGAGUUAUAUGCCAUCUUCUGAAGAUGAGGAAACUGAUGAUGAUGUGGAGGCUGAGGACAUGGUAUCCGAGGAUGAGGAAUACACUCAGGGAAGGAAGAAAGUAAAAGAGAACAAGGAGAAAGAGUUUGUUGUUACAGAUGACAUAUUUUAUGGCACAGUGAGUGGAGGGAAGAAAAGUGAAUAUGUUUAG